AUCUGCAAAACAUGCCCUGUUGAUUCCUCUGUCUUGACCACCAGAGAUUUUUUCUUCUUCAACUGAAUAAAAUCGUGUCUCUGAAUUUGUUUACAGAAACCAAUGAAAAGGAUUCCUGCGCAGGUGCUCAGUCUUGGGUGACUCGUUCCAGAUGCUCCUUGGAGGUGAUCUCACUCUCCUAUAAAAUCUUCACCGUUUCUUGCUGCUAUGGCAAGUCCUACAGCAUCAAACCAUCCGACUUCAGAUAACGAUAAUCCAUGUGCGAUUUCUGUUUGUUUACUGCCUCCAAAAGCCAUUCUUUUAAGUGAGAUCAAGAUAUGGUGGUGCGGAAGAGGUUGGAUUAUGGAUCUCGCGGCCACCAGGUUCCCGCUAUGCCGCGUGUUCCAAGCUCAGCCCGGGGGAAACGCUCAACGAGGAGAAAGAAAGACGAGAUGUGUGCGUUUGAUUUGCUUGCCACCGUAGCGGGAUCACUGUUAGGGGAUCAGGAGAACUCGUCCAGUGUUCCUAACAUCGGUACAUCAGCUUCAAGCUAUGCCAGGAAGAAGAAAUCAGUGAAAGCCGAACAGGGUGAUGAUGUUCUGCCGCUCAAUUCCAUAGCUGUGGGGAACUGUAUAGUGGGUUCUGGUGGUGCCUGUGCCUCUCCUAGGCAAACUAACAUCUGCUCUGCAGAAAACUCGUCGACACGAAAUGAAACUGACUCAGUAUUAGAGUCACUAACUGUGGAACCAAAUAUGUUGGUUAAGGACUCUUUGUUUAGUUGUACAAAAUCGUGUAACCGUGGUCAUGGUCUUGGCGGGAUUCCAGGGUGCUGUCCUGGAGCACUGUCACUAGAGGCUAACCAAUUGCAGGUGAAGCAACCUAAAGAUGGUGAUGCCGCAGCUCUGUACAGUUUGGUUAGCUCUGUGGAUCUAGAUGGCAGACCUCCUGCUUUGGUUAGCUCUGACAGUAGCUCAGGAAUGCCUUUGUGCAGCCAUGACAAAGACCGCAAUACCUCCGGCUUAUGUCGUGCUGAAGUACAGCAUGCUGCAGAUAAAGAUGAUGACGAAAAUUCUUCCGGGUGCACCCAUCCAUGCACCACGGGAAAUAAGAGUUACGCGCCACAUUAUACAGGCGAUAGUAGUAUAAGAAAGUUGUUUGCCUCCAAGUUCAGGAAGGCUGCACGUAAUAGGAUGUGUGGAGAGAUGUCAAAUAAAGGUAGCAAGCAAAGUUUCUGUGGAAAUAAGAUAUCCACCACACGUCAAAAGGUACAAAGGGCAAUGUUCAAGAGAAAAAAGAUAGUGCGCCGUAAUUUUACAGCAUCUUCUACUAAGGGGGUUCUAACUGAUGCCAGCGGGGCAUCAUUUUCUGUGGAAGGUCAAAAUCCUGGAUCUGAGGACUACAAUGUUAAGCUAAGAAUCAAGUCAUUCACCAUCCCUGAACUGUUCAUUGAGAUCCCUGAAAAUGCAACAAUUGGUACGUUGAAGAGAACUGUAAUGGACGUUGUUACUAGUAUAAUUGAAGGCGGCCUCCGUGUUGGUGUCUUUCUUGAAGGAAAGAAUAUUCAAGAUGACAGCAAGACACUUCGUCAAGCUAGAAUUUGCCACGGAGAAAAUCUGGAUAAUGUAGAUUUCACACUGGAGUGUGAAGCUGCACAUAACUCUUCCCCUGGGGUCAGAACACCAGAGGAAACAGAUUUUCUUGGUGCAGAUGCCAUGAAACCAUUAGCCAUGAUAAAGUGUGAAGAGCCUUUUUCUGAAACUAAGGCCAGUGGUAACAACCAGCAUUCUAUUGUGGAAAUGACCAUGCAAGAAACACCAGGGAGCUCACGAGCCAUUGUCCCUGUUGCCUCUCCAAACGCAGAUGCUCUAGCCAUUGUUCCUGUCUGUAAGUCAAAGCGAGCCACCAUGGGGCAAAGGCGCAUAAGGAGGCCUUUCUCUUUGCCUGAGGUGGAGUCCCUAGUGGACGCUGUUGAACAGCUUGGAACAGGAAGGUGGAGAGACGUUAAAAUGCUCGCGUUUGACAAUACUGAUCAUAGGACUUAUGUUGACCUUAAGGACAAGUGGAAGACCCUGGUGCACACCGCGAGCAUAUCCCCGCAGCAGCGUCGAGGCGAGCCCGUUCCGCAGGGGCUGCUCGACCGCGUGCUGGUGGCGCAGGCCUACUGGUCCCAGCAGCAGCAGCUCUCAGGCAAAGCUUCAGGACAGGGCUCCUCCAGCUGCUGAAAUCUGGCUUGCAUCGAAGGGAAAAACUGAUGCUACUUCUGUACAAAAAAAUUGUCCAAAGGAGGUCGACUAAUUUCUGUAUUUAUUCCAAACUCACAGAUCAAUUUCCCCUUUUUUUUUGUGUUCUUUCUUUAGUUUCUGUUCAGGUCAGGUGCUCUCUUUCCUCUGUUGAUUAAUAAGAGAAAACACCUGGUUUGACAACCCCUGUAAAUGAUUUUAUAAACUAUUUGGAUGCUUCAGAAUUUUACUAGAAGCUCAUAAAGAAACUUAAACUA